UAAGUCAAUGCAUAUGACUAUCAGCAUCAUCCGAGUCUAGGAUCUGCAUUAAUACAUAUCAAAUUAUAUAGAACCGCUAAUAAACAUAAUCAAUUGUUGUCCCUUUUAACAGCCAAAGUAGAAAACCAGCAAUAACAGUGACAGCGUAACCAAACAACCCACCAACCAAGCCAUCCGACCGAGAGAAUUGUAAGUUUGGAAGAUUGAAAAGAUAUAAUGGCUUCGGAAACAUCAUCAUGCGCUUCAUCAUGCCUGCAAUCAAAUGAGGCACCCAAGGAAUUGCUGGAACUGUUGAGUGUUUUGGAUAAACAACAAAAACAACAACAACAACAGCAGCUCCCGCAACAUGGCCACAAUUCCAAUAUGAAUAUGGAAGGCAAAGAAGAAGCAGAGAAUAUGCCCCAACAGAAACAGAAGCUGGACCCAUCUAUUCAGUUGCCCGAAAAAACUCGCAUGGAUCUGAGCCAAAUUGAGUUGAUCUAUCGUGCUGAGGGUAAUGCAAAUUUGGUGCUUGCAUUACCGCAAUUUAAAAAAGUUUUACGUUUGCCAAAAAUUCAACAAAAACAGCAAAACGAACAGCAAGCAGACCAACUAUCUCUGCAGGAAUUGCAACAAAUGAAUGAAUUGAAGCAACAACCACAACAUCAAGAUACCCAAUAUAGCCAAAAAUGUCCUGGACCAAACACACAACAACAGCAUCGGCAGCAAGAGCAACAUUAUUACCCAAAACAACAACAGGAACAUUCGAAAUUGAAGCAGCAGGAGCCAACAAAUAUGACUUUAACUGCAACCGGCCAACAGCUACUACAACAGCCUCAAAGUGCAAACGCUGUUGGAAUCUUGACAAUGGACCAUUAUGUGGCUUAUAUUGGUAUCAUACGUUGUCUUCUGGGAAAUGAGUUUGUAUUUGAAGCGGAUAUUGUUGCAGUGCCAAAUCCCAAUGACAGAGACUGGAUAAAUGAGCACAUUAGGCCUCAUCGACCAGUUAAUCGCCUGGAUAAAGAAUUUGGUGGCCAUUACGGUUUGUUACUGCCAGAUGCUACUCGUUUGCCAGCAGAGUUCGAUAUUUUAUUUUCCAAUUUAAAGCAAACAAAAUCAAAACAACAAUGUCCUCAACGUUGUUGUCCUGCCGUUGCUGUCCAGGAUGCCGCUUGUGGUGCCGGUGCCAGCAACAACAGCAUUUUCCUGGAAGAUACAUUCGCCAUUGAAAUAAAGCCCAAACAAGGUUGGCUCUUGCCAAACGAUGUUAACAAUUUAUUUGAUAUAAAGCCAGCAACAGCAGCAGCAGGAGUAACAGCCAUGCAACAGCCAGAUAGUUUGGCGGAUGUGGGAGAUGCCACCUCCUCGUCGUCGUCGUCGUCUACAUCCACAGGCACAUUGAAAACAUCAGCUGACAAAGAAUGCUUUACGGCCACUCAAAAUAAGUCAUCCAUAACAAAAACUACAACAUCUCCACUACAAAAAUCAUUGUCAGCGGCAUCCAAAGCAGCUACAGUGGGGGGAGCUGGAGCAGCCUCACACGAUAAGGUGGACAUCAGGUGUCGCUAUUGCAGUAUGCAGUUUUUAAAGUUGCAGCAGAAAAAAAUUCUCCAGCGCAGCAAUUACUGUCCCAUCGAUUUGUUCUCUGGUGUGCCAGCUCGGAUGUGGAAUGCUUUGCAUGCACUUUUCACAUGUCCCCAGAAUAAUUUACGUAUCUUCAAGAAUGGCAUCGUUGUGUUCGAUGACCAACUUAGCCGCUUGUCCAAAAUUGAAGAUUUAUUUUCGAGCCAACAACUCCAAAUAAUAAAGCAAUUGAUGGUGAUAUGCCUUCUUCGAGACUACACCCCCUUGCAACAAGCACCAACUGCAUUCCAUGCAAAUCUGCCAACUGCUGACGACGACGAUCUGGCUUAUGACGCCAAUGCAUCUAGGCAAAGCGAUGCCCAAAUGACUGCCAUGGAAUUGUCACAUGACGAUGAUGGUAAACCACAGACCAGUGAGACGACGCCUUGCAAAAAGCUAAAAACAAUCAAAGCGGAAACCGGACCGGAAUCGGAUGUUGCCAAAGUUAACACAACUUUCAUUAAAGCUAACACCACCACCAGAAUCAGCACUAAGUCAAAUUCUGAAAUGGCAGCAGGCAUCACCAUGACAACAACAACAACUAUCACACCAACUACUACAACACAAUUCAAUGAUGCAAAGAAAUCUUCUUUAGCAUACAAGGCUAGUGAUUCUCGGCCCCAUUGUCCCACUUCCGUUGGCGCUGAUGUCUCUGUUAAGCCAAAGGAGAAGAAUAUACCGGAAAUGUUGAGCUUACCAAAAAAUUGUGUUUUGGAAAAAAUUUUGAAUUUACAGUUGUUGGCCAAGAAACAUUUUCCCCACAUGUUCAAGGAAAACUAUCAAAAGAAGAAAGGCAAAUCCUAUGACAUUUUAUCAACACUACUCCAGAAAUACAAAUGUGGCCCCACAAAAUUGGAAAUUUCCCAACUGAGUGCCGAGGAACAAUACCUGCUGGCUGCCACUGCCUUGGAUUGUUCCAUAAUGAUAACAUUUCGGCAAAUAUCAAACCAAGUCAUGGCCAACUGCAGCUUAUGCACAAAUCCCCAUAUGAUCUGCAUAGAAGGCCAACACUUUAUUACGAAAAUCACUUUAUUGGAUUUGGAUCCUAAGCCGGAUACACAUUUUGCCAAAUAUGUUAAACAAACCCAUGAAAUUAUGCAGUCCAUCCAUUCAUGAUGGUUGAGUGCUCUUUUGGAGAGAAUAAAAAACAACAACAUUUACUAUUUUAAGAAACAACAUGUUUUUGCUAAUACUUUAAGACUCAAUUUACAUAGUCAUUAUGAAAUGGAAUGAAUGAAUAAAAAGAAGGAAAAACAAUGGAACAUAUACAAUUAAACAAAA